AUGGAAAAAGAAACAAUUAACUCUUCCCCAAAAAAAACGACAACAACAACAACACAAAAAUUAAAUGAUAAAGAAUAUUUAUCAACAUUAUCAAAAGAUGAAUUAAUAAAUUUAAUUGUUCAAGAGAAUGAAAAGAAACAACAACAAUCAAAAAAUAUUUUUAAAAAUAAUGGUGUAGAGAAUACAGAAGGUAAAAAGAAAAAAAAAAAUAGAAAUAAACAAUCAAAUAUUAAUUUCGAUAAAUGUUAUAAAAGACAUGUUGCAUUUAAAUUAUCAUAUGUUGGUUGGCCAUUUUUUGGUUUUGCAGCACAAGAUUGUUCUGAAGAAACAAUUGAAAAUUAUUUAAUUAAAGCAUUUUUAAAAACAAGUUUAAUACCAGAUAUUAAAACUGCAAAUUAUUUUAAAUCAGGUAGAACUGAUAAAGGUGUAUCAGCAUAUGGUCAAGUUAUUUCACUUUAUGUUAGAUCAAAUUUAAAAGAAGGUGAAGGUAUAAUUCCCCCAAAAGAUCAAUCAGGUGGGCCAAUUUCAAAUAGAACUAAAUCAAAUAAAACAGAAUUAACAAAGAAUAAUGAUAAUGAGAAAGCUAGAAAAGGUAAUAAAAAAUCAAUUGAAGAUGAUGAAGAAUUACCAUACAUUAAAAUGUUAAAUGGUGUAUUACCACCAGAAAUUAGAAUUUUGGCAUGGGCACCUGUUCCAUUUCAUUUCAAUGCUAGAUUUAGUACAUUAUCAAGAACUUAUAAAUAUUUCUUUAAUCCAAAUGGUUUAGAUUUAAAUUUAAUGAAAGAAGCAAGUAAAUUAUAUUUAGGUGAACAUAAUUAUAUAAACUUUUGUAAGAUUGAUGUAAAUGUUAAAUCAUUUAUGAGAGUUAUAUUACAAUUUGAUAUUGAAAAAGUUGAAAAUAGUGAAUUAUACGUUGCAACAAUUAAAGGAUUUGCAUUCUUAUGGCAUCAAAUACGUUGUAUGAUGGCAGUUUUAUUUUUAAUUGGUCAAAAGAAAGCAAAUAUAUCAUUAAUCACUCAAUUAUUAGAUACAAAUAAAACUAUUACAAAACCACCUUAUGAAAUGGCCUCUGAGGUACCUUUAGUAUUAUUUGAUUGUGGUUAUGAUGACAUUGAUUUCAUUUAUGAAUCUUCUGUACAAGAAAAAACAGUAGAAUCAAUGUUUGGUGUAUAUAAUGACUAUUUAAUUAAAACAGAAGUUAAUAGAUUAAUUAGAUCAACUUUAAAAAAUACUGAACCAACAACUACUUCAAAAAUUCCACAACCAAUCACAAAUAUUACAAAUCCAAUAACAUCACCAACAUUAUCGACAACAUCAACAUCAACAUCAACAUCAACAACAACAACUACAACUACAGAAACAAAUGAAAUAAAUUCAAUUAAUAUUGGAGAAAAAAGAAAACAUUCAAUUGCUGAAUCAGAGAAAGAAUUAGAGGAGGAAGGAAAUGAACAUAAACAUAAACAUAAUAAAAACUAA